AUGGCCGAGUACGACGAGCGCUACCAGGGCAACGGCGACACGGCCACGGCCGCGGCCGAGGGCGGCUACGCGCACGCCGAGUACGCCGCCGACGCCGCUGGGGGUUCGCCGCCCGCCGACAGCAAGCCCGCCGGGUUCUCCGACCACGCCGACGGCCGCUCCUCCCAGCCGCAGCACGAGACACAAUCACAUGACAGUGGUUCCUCCAAAUCUCGAGAAAGGGACCGAGAACGUGACAAGGGCAAGGACAGGGAGCGCGACAGGGAUCAUGGCCGAGAAAAGGAGAGGGACCGAGACAGGGAUAAGGAUCGUGAAAGAGGUGACAGGGACAGAGAUCGUGAUCGCCACCACAGGGACCGUCGUGAGCGCAGCGAGAGAAGGGAACACCGUGAUCGUUCUGAUGACCGUGACCGUCACCGUGAUGAUCGUGACCGUCACAGGAGCCAUGAUUCUGAGAGGAGAAGAGAUCGUGAUCGUGACAGAGAUGGCCAUCGUAGGCAUCGCUCCCGCUCCCGCUCCCCUUCUAAGAGUCGUGACCGUGACCACGGAUCUAGAUCUCGUUCACGGUCUCAAUCGAAGAGCAAGCGCGUGAGUGGUUUUGACCAAGCACCUCCACAACAGGCACUUCCUAUUGUUGCUGCUGGUGCUAUCCCUGGUCAGUUUCCUGGUGUCACUGCUCCUAUUACCGGGGUUGGGGUGCUUCCAAACUUGUAUAAUUUGGCUGCUGGACAGUUCAACCCCCUUGUUAUUCAGCCACAAGCCAUGACACAACAGGCUACGCGACAUGCUCGGCGUGUCUAUGUGGGUGGACUUCCUCCAACUGCUAAUGAGCAGACCGUUGCCAUAUUCUUCAAUGGAGUUAUGGCUGCUAUUGGAGGAAACACAGCUGGUCCAGGUGAUGCUGUUCUUAAUGUCUACAUAAACCAUGACAAGAAAUUUGCUUUUGUGGAGAUGAGAUCUGUGGAGGAAGCAAGCAAUGCAAUGGCCUUAGAUGGCAUAAUGUUUGAGGGAGCACCCGUCAAGGUUAGAAGGCCAACGGACUACAAUCCUUCCCUAGCAGCUGCUCUGGGUCCGAGCCAGCCAAAUCCGAAUCUCAAUCUUGCUGCUGUUGGCUUAACACCUGGCUCUGCUGGAGGAUUGGAAGGCCCAGACCGGAUCUUUGUAGGUGGUCUACCAUAUUACUUCACUGAGGCCCAAGUGCGGGAGUUGCUUGAGUCCUUUGGACCUCUGCGUGGAUUUGAUCUUGUGAAGGAUAGAGAAACUGGUAAUUCGAAGGGAUAUGCCUUCUGUGUGUACCAGGAUCUUAAUGUUACUGACAUUGCCUGUGCUGCUCUUAAUGGCAUCAAGAUGGGAGACAAGACUCUUACUGUUAGGCGGGCAAACCAAGGAGCGUCUCAGCCUAGGCCAGAGCAAGAAAGCAUCCUGUUGCAGGCACAGCAGCAGGUGCAAAUGCAGAAACUCGUAUACCAAGUUGGAGGUGCCCUGCCAACAAAAGUUGUAUGCCUGACACAGGUAGUGACAGCAGAUGAACUGAGAGAUGAUGAGGAAUAUGAUGACAUUGUUGAGGACAUGAGGGAAGAAGGACGCAAAUAUGGUAACUUGGUGAAAGUUGUAAUUCCACGGCCUGACCCCAGCGGUGCUCCUGUUGCUGGUGUUGGAAAGGUGUUUUUGGAAUAUGCAGAUGUGGAGGGCUCAACCAAAGCGAAGACGGGGAUGCAUGGGCGGAAAUUCGGCGGGAACCAGGUGGUGGCCGUGUUCUACCCUGAGGACAAGUUCGCCGCUGAGCAGUAUGACUGA